CAGCGCCUGGGGGCGGGCUCACGGCGAGCCGCGGGCCAAUGGUGGAGGACUGGCGUACCGAGGGCCUGCGAAUGAGCUCCGGGUCUGGCGGGAGCGGGAGCUGUGACUCCUGUCCGUAUGGCCAGGAGCCUUCGCUCGGCAGCAGCCCGGAGCCCGGGCAGUAGCCCGAUUAGUGCGGGGCCCGGCUGGAGCCCUCGGCCCAGCGUCCACCCUGUCGCCGGGGCUUGGGAGGACGGUUCUAUUGACUCUGAGGGCACGGAACCUGGUGCUCCGAGCGUGACAUCACAAUCGCGGACAAACGUGGGCGGGGCCGGGGUGGCGUUGCCUAGGAGACGCGUGCACGCUUGGGCGUGCGCUGCUCCCUCCUCUUCCCUCCUUCCCUUCCUUGUUAUUUCCCCCCCCACCUUUCUUUUUCCCUCUCGCCUUCCCUCCCUACCUCCCUCAUUCAUCUGCUCCAGCGUCGAACCUGGAAUCCCACGGGAGCUCCUCGCCCGCAGGACGAGGAGGAUUUUGUACAAAUGAGCAUCACCUGUGAGUUUUGAGAGGCUUCUGUACAAAUGAACAUCUCCUAUGUUAACAGGUUACCCAGCUGGGAAAGAGGACAUCUGCUGGCUGGAGUGGCGUCUAGCACUGAUACAUCUAUCUUCUCCUCUGAAGACUCCGACCCCUCAGGCGAAUUCAAGGACACUGACAGAUGCUGCUGGAAUCACAAGCAGUGCACUGGGCAUGUCAUCCACCCCUUCACCUCUGAUUGUGAUUGUGAUCACUACAACCUGCACCUGCACUCGCUCAGCCACUGUGACUGUGACUCUAGGGUGAAGGAGUACGCAGAGAAGGCAAAUAGCUCCCAAGAUGUAGGUGCAACCUGUUCCCGAGACACAACCUAUUCCCGAGACACAACCUAUUCCCGAGACGCAACCUGUCCCCGAGAUGCAACCUGUUCUCGAGAUGCAUCCUGUCCCCGAGACAUGGGCCCAUCCUGUUUCGACUUCAUCCAGACCCCUUGCUUUGAGCUCAUUCCGGAGGAGGAGGAGUACGUGGAGCGGUACUGGUAUGGCUGGUGCAAAGGCUUCAGGCCUAUCUCUGUGGCAGUGAUCCACCACCCCCUCCACCACGAAUUUAGAGAUGACCUAAAUGAAGAAGAGGAAGAGGAAGAGGAGGAAGACAGCAUACCUCCCAUCCCUUCCCAGGUGGGGCCCACUGCCACCCCCGCCACGGACAAAGGCAUAGCAAUGGGCACGAUCACUGGUGCACCAGACUCGGCGGCUCCCAUUACCAUCUGGCGCUCAGAGAGUCCCACAGGGAAGUCCCAGGGCAGCAUGGUUAUCAAGAAGGUUACCAAGAAGAAAAAGGAAAAAGAGAAAGAUGAGGAGACAGAUGAGAAGACAAAGCUGAAGAAAAAAAUCAAGAAGGGCAAGUUGACUAAAAAGAAAAGCCCAGUUAAAUUGGAAUCUUCACCUCCAGACUUGAGCAGAUCAUUAAGCCCAAGGGAGCUGGUCAGGCUGUCGGAAUCCAGCCCAGACAGCCGGGAAGACCUGGAGAGUGAGGACAGUUACAAUGACCCCAGGCAGGAGGGGCCCUCCAGCGAGGAUAUUGUGGAGUCAUCACCCAGAAAGAGAGAGAAGAACUCGGGCCAGUGCAAGAAACUUGGGGCAAAACCCUCUCCAAUCAAGAAGGUCAACAAGAGGAAAUCCCCCCCAGUAUCCAGCCCCAAUCUCAGUUGAGGCCAGGGCGACCAGGGUGAAGAAUAAAUGCCAUCAUGCCUGUCCCAGAC